GGCGGGGCCGAGGUUAGCGGGGCCGACCGGGGCUGGCUCCGGCGGCGGCUGCGGGAGCCCCGGGGGGGCCCGGUGCGGCCCAGGCGGGCCCGAGCCCCUCUGGGGCGGUGCUGAGGUACCGGCGCGGCCCGCCCGCUGCGGCCUGGUCCCGCCGGAGCCUCGCGGGCCGCGGCAGGGCCCGGGCCCGGUUGGUGACCGCCGCUUUCCGCCCGCUGCGGCAGGCGCGGCCCCGGCGCCAUGUGGUCCGUGCUGUGGGCGGCCGUGCGCUCCAAGGCGCCCUACGUCACCUUCCCGGUGGCCUUCGUGGUGGGGCUGGUGGGCUACCACCUGGAGCGGCUCCUCCGCGGGGACCCGCCGCCCGCCGCCGAGGACGAGAAGAGCAUCUCGGAGCAGCGGGAGGAGCGCAAGCUGCAGGAGAUCGCGGGCAAGGACCUGACCAAGGUGGUGAGCCUGAAGGACAAGCUGGAGUUCGCCCCCCGGGCCGUGCUGAACAGGAACCGCCCCGAAAAGAGUUAAUAGAGAGUUCUGUGGACAAGCGGGAGCCCCGCACCGACCGUCCCCGGGGCUGGGGCCGGCUGCGGGAGGGCUCUGCCCCACAGCACCGUGCUGGGGACUGCCCUGUCACCUGCACAUCUUCCACACACCCCUGUCCUGCACCGUGCCGGGGCAGCACACUGUGCCUGCCGCUGCCCUCGCCCUCCACGGCCCUCCAGAGGGUCGGGGUUUGCCCCCCAGACACAGCACCCGGAGCUCCUGUGGGGCAGAGCAGGCAGGGAGCCAUGCUUUGGAGGUGGAACGUGUCUGCAGCUCAUCAGCUCUCAGCCUGUCCCAGCCCCCGAACCACAAAACCCGCCUGGCCUCGUUUCACCCACAUCUCUUUAGGUUUGGUUUCUUCCAUGGUGUGAGGAUAGAAGAACCAUGGCCCUGAGUGACAUGGGGUUGGGGUCAGGCUUCAGGAAGACCCGCUGUCCUGCUUACAGCUCUGCCAUGGCUCUGCAAACCCCAAGCACAGCACCACGCUACCGCAUUGCACCCGCAGGAGCCUGAGCAGCCGUGGACAACAUCUCCAGGGAACCCCUCUCUGCAUCAUCCCCAGACUUCAAAGUGAGGAAGAGGGACAAGGGAUGUGGAAGUCCUGGCCCUGUUUCUGGAGCUCUGAAUGUGGCGGUGGCUUUGGGCUGGUGUGUAGAGAACAGGGAGAUCUGUGCCCUGUGCAGAAACAGCCAGAAUAAACUUCUGUCCGUCCUUGG